AUGGGAGAAUUGAGGAAUAAGCUUGCUCAGAUGAAUAUACCGAUAUCUGGGGCAAGGUCAGUGCUGAUGGCCAGGCUAAAUAGAGCACUUGGUGCAGGUCAAUCAAAUCUUAAAGAACAAGCGAGUAGUGAAAGGUCCGCGGAGAAGCGAGGUACAUGUACUAAACCAAAAACUAAGCAUGAUCGAGAUGUAGACGAAAAUCUCGGGAGGCUUAGGACGAAGGAAUUGAGAGAACGUCUAGCUAAAGAAGAUGCGUCGUCGGAGGAAGAAACCGACUACGAGAGUGAAACGGAAGACGAUGAAAAGGGUGAAAGUGAACGCAGGAGCGUGCGAGAUGGACAUCAGAAUUGCGAAUGCUGUAGAAAGACACGUAGGCGAACAACAUUGAGUUUUCAAGAUGUCCAAGACGCCUUAGAAGUUUUUACGGACGAAAACAACGAAAAUAUCAAUCAAUGGUUCAGGACAUUUGAAGAAACGGCAAGCAUGUGUAUGUGGACAGAGGAACAAAAAGUAAUCUGUACAAAAAAACUUCAAGAGACGAAAAAACGAGAUGACGAAGGAUGUACGGCUUACAUGUAUCGUAUGCUUGGGAUAGCUAGUCACAUGAAUAUGAAAGAAGCAGCAAAAAUGCGGUACAUCGUAGAAGGAAUAAGAGACAAAGAAGUCAAUAAGGCAAUACUAUAUGGGGCAAAAUCAAUGAAAGAACUUAAGGAAAAUCUAAUCACCUAUGAGGAACAAAAAUCUCGUAUAGCAGAGUCAUCUGUGGGACUGGUCAGAGCUGAGGACAACAGGAAAUACAGGCAAUCUGGAAGUGUAGUGAAAUAUAGAAGGUGUCAUAAUUGCGGCGAUAAAGAACAUGUAAGUGCUGAAUUUCCAAACAAAUCGAGAGGUCCUAAAUGUUUUAAAUGUAGAGAAUUCGGACACAUUUCAACAAACUAUGCGAAUAUACUAAAGGUUAAGACGCGUUGUGAUGGGUGGCGGAAUGAAAAUAAAGGAGGGCUCAAGCAAAUUAAGAUUAUGGACAAGAAUGUAGUGGCAAAGAUAGACACAGGUAGUGAUCUAAAUUUAGUGAGAAUGAGUAUGUAUUUGCGUUUAGGAGCACCUCAACUUGAGAACAGAAUAAUUAAAUUCGAUAGUAUAGGAGCCGUGAACGUACAUACCAUGGGACAAUUUAAAACGGAUAUAAUGAUUGACGGUUUAAAGGCAACGCUAGACUUUGACGUAGUUCCUGAUAACUUCUUAGGAUACGAUGUACUAUUAGGUAUUGAGUUAACUGAACAAAUGGAAGUAAGAGUGAAACAUAAACAGAUGAUACACCAGUAUACCAAAACCGACGGAGAUUGUCAGCAGAACAAAGGAGAAACGUUAAAGGAGAAACAACAGGAAAUCGAGAUUCUCCGAAAAGAACGAGAUUUAGAACGUGAACGAAUUACGAAAGCCGCAAAUCAAGCAGAUCAGGCAGAACAGUCGCUUAUUUUAGUAAAAGAAUAUGAGCAGUAUCGCAAGAAAAUGCAAAAAACCGUUACUGACGCGGAGGUUGCAUUUUCAAAAUUACUCGAAGAGAAAAAUGCACUAGCUUUACAAUUGGAGGAAGAGAAGAAGAAGUGUGAAGAUCUCCAGUUUCGUUUCGAGGAAGAAUCUGUUAACAAGGAUGAUAUUCAGAAAGAAAGAAGAGAGCAAUUUGUGAUAAAUACUGUAAAUGAAAAUAAGAUCAAAGAUAUCGAAAAGCUGUUGCUGGAAGAAAGAGAACGUGUCGGUCAACUAGAACGUGAUAGCAUAAAAUUAUUCGAAACAGAAGAAGAAAUGACACGUCUUCGCAAUGAAGUCUCAAAUGCUACUACUCAAGAAACGCAGCAAAUCGAAGACUUACAGAGUCGCAAUAAAAAUUGGGAGGAAAGUAGAAAUAAUCUUGAGAAUGAGGUGCAAGAGAAAAGAAUAAUUAUGGAGCAAUACAUAAAUCAAAAAACUGAAUUGCAAUCAAAAUUGAAAGAAAAUCAACAAGAAAACGCGGUUCAUAAAGAAUCAGAGAAAAGUUGGCGGACAGAAAUAGAACGUGCGACGAAGGAUUUGGAGAAAAGAAUACGUUGA